AUGAUGGACUACCUUGCGCUCGAAGGCGGUUUUGGCGAAAAAGAGGCGGAGGGCAGUAGAGUGGACUGCUGUGACAUAAGUGCCAGUGAAACGGCCCCCAUGCUGUUGUUCGUCUCCGCGAGCACCUAUUCGUGCCUCGUAGCGUGUGAGCUGUCCAUACUUAUCAUGCUUGAGGGCGAAAACGUAUUUGCUAUGAAUGAUGGUCGAAUGCGGGGGGACAUUAGCCAGUGCAAUGAUAUUUGCGAGAUCAUUUCGGAUGUGAUUGGCACGUUCUGUUUCGAUGGCAGCUGCCCAGGAUGGCCAAGAUUUGGAUUCGUGUGCAAAUGCGAUAUACUCCGGGACGUUAGGAUCGUGGAAGGAAGCAGCUUCGAAGAGCGUCACUUCGGUGCGUGUGGUUAG